UCGGUCUGAGAGGAGAGAGCAGCUUCAUCACUGAGAAAUUAAGAGCAGAAAAUUCAUCGCCAUGUCCAUCCGGAGGCUCUGGAGCAGCCCUAAAACCAUGGGGGACGUGAACAUGGUGACAGAGGAGCUGAAGAAUCUUUAUUAUAAGAGGCUGCUGCCCAUAGAGAAAUACUACUCCUUCCAUCACUUUCACUCCCCCAGCUACGAGGACGCAGACUUUGACAACAAACCCAUGGUGCUGGUCAUGGGCCAGUACUCGACGGGGAAGACCACCUUCAUCAGGUAUCUGGUGGAACAGGAUUUUCCUGGUAGCAGAGUUGGACCGGAGCCAACCACGGACUGCUUCACUGCCCUCAUGUACGGGAGGACAGAAGGAAUCAUCCCCGGCAACGCACUCACAGUGGAUCCAAAAAAGCCGUUUCGCAACCUCGACCCUUUUGGGAACACUUUUCUGAACAGGUUUCAGUGCGCUCAGAUGCCGAAUAAAGUCCUGGAGAGUAUCAGCAUUAUUGACACACCGGGCAUCCUGACAGCUGCUAAAAGAAAGCUGAGUCGAGGCUACGACUUUCCAGCAGUGCUGCGCUGGUUUGCAGAGCGUGUGGACCGGAUCAUCCUGCUGUUCGAUGCACAUAAACUGGAGUUCUCCGAUGAGCUCACUCGGGCCUUCGGGGCUCUGCUGGGCUACGAGGACAAGCUGCGUGUGGUUCUCAACAAGGCCGACAGGGUCGACUCACAGCAGCUCAUGAGAGUGUACGGCGCCCUCAUGUGGUCUCUGGGGAAAGUGUUUCGAACCCCGGAGAUCCUGAGGGUUUACAUCGGGUCUUUCUGGUCUGAGCCGAGGCAGCUGUGUGACCACUAUCAGCUGAUCGAGCUGGAGGAGGAGGAUCUGCUGACCGACAUCAGGAACCUGCCGCGCAACGCUGCCGUACGCAAACUAAAUGACCUGGUGAAGAGGGCGCGCCUAGUGAGGGCUCACGCCCACAUCAUCAGCUACCUAAAACAGGAGAUGCCAACAAUAUUUUGCAAAGAAAGUAAGAAGCACAACUUGAUUUACCAGCUUCCUGUCAUCUUCAACAAGAUCCAGCAACAGCAGCGAGUUCCUGCUGGAGACUUCCCCGACUGCACCAAGAUGCAGGAGAAGCUUUUGGGUCAAGACUUCUCAAAGUUUAAGACACUGAAACCAAGUCUGAUGGCUUCCCUGGAUAAACUUCUGUCCACUGACAUAGCCAACUUGGUGCCUUUACUCCAGCAGCAAGAGCUGAGGAAGAAAUCUGUGCACGGCGUGCUGGAUGGGGAAUUUCUGGGAACCUUCAGACCUGAGCAUUUCAGGAGAGACCCUUUCAAGGAGCUCCGGGACGACGAGAGCAGCGAGGCGGAUUUUGACGAGUGGGCUGUGGAGAAAUAUAAGCCCAAAUAUGAUGAGAUUUUCUACAACCUGAGUCCAAACGAGGGCAAACUGAGCGGGAGCAAAGUCAAAGAGUGGAUGACGAGCACGCUGCUGCCAAACUCUGUGCUCGCACACAUCUGGAGGCUGUCGGAUGUGGACGGGGACGGCAUGUUGGACAAUGAGGAGUUUGCUUUGGCUGUCCACCUUAUCGAGGGGAAACUGGAGGGCUACUGGCUUCCCAGAGAGCUGCCGUCUCACCUGGUGCCUCCGUCGAAACGGCUCAGAGCAGAAGGCGAUGUGGAGUGAACAUGGUGCUGAAGGCAGCUGAGACUCUGUUCAUAAUUUACUGAGUAAACUUUAUCUAGUGUCAGAAGUUCAAACAAGUACUAACGUGUACAGAGGCUGAAGUUUUUAUUAAUUCCCUUCGUUAAUGAUUUUGAUACUAAGUUCCCAAAGAUAAUUAGACAAAUGUGUGUAUUUUAUAUCACCCUGAAGGUUGUGUACUAGACUAGCAGCUGUUUGUAUCACAUGUAACCUUUAUUUACUAUUAAUGCUAUUUAAUUUGAAACUGACUGCAACAUAACAGUGACUACUGCCCAAUCCAACGCUAAGGUCAGUUUGAUACCAAGUGGCAACCUUAAUGGUUGGAUGACAUCAUCUUUCAACAUGCAUGGAUAGAAUGUUUCACAGAUUUAAGGAUGACAUCAUUUUCAAAAGAGAGGACGGAAUGUUAUGUACGCUUUAAUGAUGACAUCAUUAUCAAAGGCAGACGAUGGGAUAUUCUAUAAGUUUUAAAGGAUGACAUCAUCUUCAAAGGCAGAGGACAGAAUGUUGGUGAAGCUGGGGAUGUUGGGGGCGUUUUCUCUUCGUCUUUGUUUUGCCAAACAGUAGGCCAUAGUCCGCAUCUUUUGGAUGAGAGGGUGGAAGAUUGUUGGUAUAAAUGUGUCCAAAUAAUGACAGAGAUAAAGUAUGCUGACUUUUUAUCUAUAACUCUUUUGUUUUGGUUUGCAGAAAGAUACCAGUCAUGCAUAAUUAAGGGCGUGGCUGAUAUGACUACAGGCCAGCAUGUUGUAGCUGUUUGUCAGGAGCAGGCCUGCCUAGGCCCUUGAAAAACCCAGAGAAUAGCUCCCACCCCCGUGUGUAAUCUAUUGAUGUCAGUGCAUGUUCCCUGGAUCAGUAGCAAUGGUGUAAGUGUCCUGGCUAACACUUAUCUUGGUUCUCUUUGGAACUGACAAGGGUGUCAUGCUAUUGUCAUGGUACUUUCUGAUUCUUUUUCACCACUUUUUAACCCAUUUUCACUACUUCUUUUGGCUACUUAAUAGCCUUUUUUGUUAAUUUUGCUCUUGAGGGAAAUUUUUUUGUCCCA